GUUGUUGCUUAUGCUUCACGCCAGCUAAAGCCACAUGAACAGAACUAUCCGACACACGACUUGGAGCUAGAUUUGGCGACAUUAUUUAUUGCAGUUGUUCAUGCCAUUAAGAUUUGGCGACAUUAUUUAUACGGCGGUCGAUGCGAGAUUUUCACCGAUCAUAAGAGCUUACAGUAUAUUUUCACUCAGAAGGAGCUCAACAUGAGACAGCGCCGUUGGUUAGAUCUCGUCAAGCAUUAUGAUUGCACGAUCCAGUACCAUCCGGGGAAGGCGAAUGUUGUUGCCGAUGCCUUAAGCCGCAAG